CUUCUAUAUAAGGACUUAUUUGACCCCUUUUUUGCAACUUCGAGGACCAAACUGACCAUUAUCCCAAUUUGAUCUAGUUUUCUCUGUCCAAAUUUGGUAUGGGUGUACGUAAGAUCAUACGUACUGAUCAAGUACAAAGAAAGAUGAUGAUAGCUUAUCAGUAACCAAAAAAUAAACGAUUUGAGAAGGUACGAUUGGGUAUAGGGGUGGGCAUAAAAGCCAAACCGAACCGGUACCAAAUCAACCCGUAAUAGUACUCACUCAACCGAAUAUCGGGUAUUUAAAUGGUUUUAUAGAAUUCUAUCCCCAAUUGAAAUGGUACCAUUUGAAAAAGGUACAAGAUCGAUUCUAGAUUUUGAGAAAUGAAAGAUAUUGUGGGUGCACUUAUACCACAACAAAAAAACAGGAUUGUAGUCACAGACCUUAGUUUUAAAAAUCCGUAUACGUAGGAAGGAGGAGGUUUCUGCGAAAUGUAAACUCUGUGAAUUGGGUGAGGAGGAUACUGACCACUAGGGCUGUCAACGAACCGAGCUUUUAUCGAACUAUUCGAGCUCGAGCUCGAUUUCGAACCUAACGAGCCGAGCUUAACGAACUUCGAACUCGAACUCCAGCUGAGUUUUAAGUUCGAAAAAUUAAUCGAGCCGAGCUCGAACAUAGUAGUUUUUGGCUCGGUUCGAACUCGAGCCUAUCGAACACCCUAAAAUUUUAAAUAUAAUUUUUAUAUAUGUCAAAAUUUAAAUAUAAUUAGUAUGGUUUUAUGAAUUUAAAUAUGAUUAUUAAUGAACCGAAUACUUGUCGAACCAUUUGAGCACGAGCCUAUUAACGAGCAUCAUCUAAAAUUUUAAAUUCGGGCAUAUUUAUCGAGCUUAUCAAGCGCUCGGUUCGAACAUCGAACGCCUAUCGAGCCGAACACGAGCCUCAUUUGUAAAGCUCGCCGAGCUUCAAGCUCGAACCCGAACACCCCUUAUUCCUUAAUGAGCCGAAUUCGAGCUUUGGGUGUUCGGGCUCGGUUCGCUCGUUAACAGCCCUACUGACCACACCUUUCGGCCUUUUCCAAAUGUUAAAGGGUGUGGCAAGCUUUGGGUGGCCUCUAUCUAUGAUAAUGCCUCAACUGAUUUAAAGAGUGUUUGCAGUUGAUUAAAAAAGCAUUUUUCAGCUUUUGGCUUAAAAAAUGUUAAAAAGAGUGUUUUCAAAUGACAGCUUCUGCUUAAAUUAAUCACUUAAAAGCUAAAAACUGGAAGCAGGUGGAAGGGUGCUUUAAACUGCUUUUCACUUUUUCUAUUACACAAAAAGUACUUAUUUUACCAAACACUACCAACUUUUACUGUUGGUCCAAAAUAGGACGCUCGUAGGCUUUUAGGAAAGCUACGUAAGAACACUCAAGCAGAAAUCAGGAAAGCAAUGCAAAUAUGGAAAGUAGCUAGAGAGUUUGGUAGCCAGAAAUAGCAUGUCUGUAUUCGAAAUAUAACUUGCCUUUUAUAGGCGCUUACAAAUGGUAACUGCCGAAUAAUAAUGACUAAAUUAAUUACAAUAUUAAUACGAAAUUAAAUACAUGAUUAAUGGUGCAUUGAUUACUGGCCGUUACGCUUCUUGGUUGGCUGGCUGGCGGGUCGGCCUGGCUGGCGGUCCGGACGCUUGAGCUUCUCGGGCGGCAGGCUUCCGUCGGGCUGGAAGGCAGGCUCCUAGCUAGGCCGCAAGGCAGGCUUCCAGACGGCCGGCAGGCAGGCCGUCUUGGGUUUCCACUCCGCUGGACCUCCACUCCCUAAUGGGCCCGGUUGGUUGGGUCGACUUGAUAUCUGGAUCGCUGGGUCCACUAUCUGGGCUUGCCUGGCGAGACGACAGUCCUGGGCUUGGGCCUGCUUAUCCAAGUUUGGGGCAAAGUCUGAUUAGGCGUUGGGCCUAGUCCUAUAAUCCCAUCACGAGUCCCCCACUCCCUUAGUCGAGUAGUAGACUCGGCUAAGAGGGAGUAGUCCAAGUCAGCUGCCAAUUUAAAAAUGUUCACAUACUAGGGAGUAAUAAUUGUGGAUUCUGUAAAUCCCACAACUUAUGGAAAUUUUCCAAUUUUAAAUAAAGCUCUCAGCUUUAAUAGGCUUCAAAUUAAUUCAUUCAACAUCCUAGCAUUCUAGCAGUCAGCUCUCUUCCAGACUCCAGAAUCCAGGUCAGCUUUCGAAUAUUCCCCAAAAUAAUUAUUUUCGGACCCCUAAAAUUUUUUUCCUUUUCCUUUUCCUCUCCUUUCCUUUUCUUUUCUUUUCUUUUCUUUUCUUUUCUUUUCUUUUCUUUUCUUUUCUUUUCUUUCCUUUUCUUCUCUUUCCUUUCCUUUUCUUUCCUUUCUUUCUCUCUCCUGGUUCCCUGCGUGCGUCUUCCUCGCGUCGCCCGCAUCACCCAGCGCCGCAGUCAACUUGCCGGGCGGGUUGACCGCCGUAUUCCCUCCGGCGGUUUCACUGGGUUGUCUCCUCCGUGCAAGGCGGCCGUCCCGCGCCGCCCACCGGUGACCGACGUCGCCCUGGCAGUCCGGCAAAUCCGGCCGGCCGGUCUGGUCGAGCGGGCUGACCGCCGCUUUCCCUCCGGCAGCUCCACUGGGUCGGCCCCGCCGUGCUAGGCGGCUAUUCCGCGCCGCCCACAUGUGACCGACGCCGCCCCUGCAGUCCGGCAAAUCUGGCCGGCCGGUCUGGUCUCCUACCGCGUCCGGCUGGUGCGUCUCGCCUGGGCCGGCGGCCACCCCUUGCUGGUCAGCGUCUGCCAGAGGUUGGCGUCCUGGCUGGGCGCCCCUCUUGUCCAUCUCCGGCGUUAUGGCUUUCGCACAGCGCCGCCGUCAGCCCCCCAAGGUUGACCGACGCACGCGGCUCACCCCUCUGCCUUGCCGGGCUCUCCCACCAGCCGGCGGCUCUGCCGCGGUGUUUGACGGUGACAGACCCAAGUCGGUCGGGUCCCCACGUAGGUCCACGAGCCGCCCUGCACCUUGGUUCUGAAAAUGACGGGCCGGGGUGAAGUCUCUAUUACCCGGGGCUCCGCGUUGUCCGGCGGUUGUCUUAUUGCUGACCGGCUUCACCCCUCAUCCAGGUGGUCAUGCGGGUGUGAGCCCCCCUAUUGGCGCACUCCAAGUUGACGGGCAGGCUUAACGCCUCGUAUAUGCUAACUCACUCUUUUUUUUUUUUUUUUAUGUGCAGGUGGGCCCCAUCCCGUUUGACCAUGCAACACGGAGGGUGCUCUUCUCAUCAAAACAAUGGUCAAGGCUCUCACACAGCAAUGCAAGUUGGAGUUCAGCCCCUCUCCAAGCCAUCAGACUCGGGACUGUCGGCCAUCACUGAAGGCAAGCAUGGGGCGGCCAUGAAACCCAUUCGGGCCAGCCGUGGCCCCAGACCACGUAUGCAUGUGGGGAAAGUUACCGGACAGCAGGCUGAGAUUCUCCCAGAGGUAGCCCCAACUAAGCGGGUCACCGUUUUCGAGGGCCGACCCCUCAAUGUUCCGGACAGAGCGCGCACCCAACCCGUGGACGUGUCAGAUUCUGAUGAUGACUCUGGCGCUUGGGAGGACCCGAAUUCUUGGUGGGACCUCGACAAUAGCGGGAUAGUGAACCUCCCCCCUUGCGUCCAAGACGAGGACCUUGCCGUGGCACGUAGUCUGAUCGGUGCCGUGUGUUCAUCGAAAAUCCCGGAGGCUACUGAAGUACUGAGUGAUCCCCCGGUCCCUUAUUUUGGGGUCCAUAUCCGCUCUCUGGAGUUAGGGAUGGUUGUGCCUCUGCAUCCUUUUCUGGUUCGAUUUCUUCACUUCCUGGGUGUGGCACCGGGCCAACUGGCUCCGGCGGCUCACAUGUUCGUGGCAGCUUUCGUGGCGCGGUGUGAGGACGUGGGCAUCACUCCCACAAUCGAUUUGUUUUUUAGCUGCUUCCAGUGGCGCGCCUCCAGCUUUUUUGCCUCAGUCUCCCAGAGGCCGGUGAGCAAGCUAUUCCGGUCGGGUUACCCUGACUCAGGUAGCCGAUGGAAGAAGAGGUGGAUCUGGGUGUCUGACCCUACCCUUCCAUCACCUCCUUUCCAGUGGGGUGAGCGGCUCCGGAAGUGUGAUCGGGUCGCCCUUUCCCCUGACCUCAAGUCAUCCAUCGAGGUGUUGUCUGCAGGCGGCCCCCGCUCCAUCAGCUCAUACUUAGGUGAUCGUCACUUCCCCAGUUUAGGUUUGGCUAUUUUGUAUUUUACCUUACUCAUCCUCACAUUUUUCUUCCGCAGAUGUGCCCGAUAGGCCUGAGAAACAUAUCGUCGGUGCCGAAUCCGAUGAUGAUGACGAAGAAGCCCAGCCAUUCAUCGCUCGUGUAGCUCCCACGGCCACCAAGGAAAAAGAGCAUGGAGCUCCCCCAAACCGUGUAGCACAGAUUCCGAGGAGGGUGAGGGUUACCUUUGGGCCUCAGCCUGUCGCACCAGCGAAGAAGAAGCAGAAGAGGGAUAUUGUCGACUUACUGGUCGAAUUGGAUGAGUCUGAUGACGAGGAGGUGGAGCCUCAUGUAGCCGCUGCUCCUGUGCUCCCCCAGGUCGCUGCGGGGAAAGGGCACGGAGCCCCCCCGUGCCGAGAGGGGCAUGUUUUGGAGGGGGCGACUGUCACCCCGGAAUUCCAAUCCACCGGGCAGGUGCAUGAAGAUGCUGGUGAGAGGAUGGCUGAGCGGGUUAGCUGCGACACUCAGCACACAGUUGCUUACACAUUCCCAUCUCCGAGUGCCUCGAUCCUGCACGAGGGCUUCCCGGUUGUGGACUAUGCUUCAGCGAUCUUGCCGCCGGGUGACCUCGCACGUAUGACCUCCCAGGGGUUUCAACCCCUCUUGGAGGGUUCCAUUCGGACCCAUGUUGAUGGACUUGCUAAGACCGUUGGGGCACUUUGGGCAGCCAACCAUUCUCAAGCAAUGCUCCAGCGUGAGGUUGAUGAAAUUAGAGCCGCCCUACAGGCUAGGGAGAAAGCCUUCUCCGAGUUACAACUUUUGCAUGCAAGAGAGCGUGAAGAAGUGGCCAAGAAGGCGAUUCUCGAGUUCAAGGCCUCCGACGAAUUCCAGAAAACCAUAUCUGACAGAGUGGAAGCGAAGGAAUCUGACUUAGUAAAUAAGUGGCUGAAGACUGACGAGGGGGAGUACUGGCAUGCUCGUGAAGUUCUGUACGCCUUUCAGAGUGGCAAGUACCUGACACAGCAGAAAUUGUAUGAUCAGUUGGAGGGUCUCGGCCCUGACUUUUAUCCAUCCGUGCUAGGUCUUCCUGCCCGCAUGAAGAAACCUGAGGCUGCAAUA